AUGGAUGCCAAGGAAAUUGAGCUGCGCGGCAAGGCCAUUGGCAAGGCUGUGCAAGAGAACGAGCCCAGCGCCUCGGUCAUCAAACUGUUAAACGACCUGAAGACGGGCGUCCACGCUACCGAAGACAUUCUGCGAUCCACCCGAAUCGGCGUGACUAUCAACCGCCUGCGAACUCACAAGGACCCCGCCGUACAGAAGCUCGCAACAGAACUGGUCUCGAAGUGGAGGGAUGAGGUCAAGAAGCAACCUAAGAAGGGCGCGCCAGCGAAGGUCGCCUCUGCAACAAAUGGCAGCGCCUCGCCCGCGCCGGCAUCGUCUGCGGCAGCUUCACCUGCGCCCACUCAGAGUAAAGCAAAACACAACGUAGAUCCCGCGAAGCGCAGCCACAAGACAGAUAAGAUCAACUAUGAGGUCACUGGAGACGAUGCGCGAGACAUGUCGGUGCGCUUGAUGUACGAUGGUCUGGCGCAUAUGAGCACCGAACUGCCGGACAUGAUCCUCCCAAUCGCAAAGCAAAUCGAAGCCGCCGCCUACGCAAACGCCGGUAGCGUGAACGAAGCCUACAAAGGGAAAAUGCGCUCUCUCUUCCAAAACCUCAAGGCCAAAUCCAACCCCGCUCUAAGAAAACGUGUGUUAUCCGGCGAAGUCGCGCCGAAGAAAUUCGUAGUCAUGACACACGACGAGAUGAAGUCCGACGAGCGCCGCCUGGAAGACGAAAAACUCGAGAAGGAGAACAUGAACCAGGCCAUGGUCGCCCAGGUCGAGAAGAGUAUCUCCAAGGAGUUCCAGUGCGGAAAAUGCAAGCAGAAGAUGGUUUCGUACAGCCAGGCGCAGACGAGGAGUGCUGAUGAACCAAUGACGACGUUCUGCGAGUGCAUGAAUUGCGGAAACAGGUGGAAGUUCUCUUAG